AUGGCCGCGCCGCUCACGGCCGUCCGGGCCCGCCUCCUCCCGGUGACCUGCUCCGCCACCGCCGGCCCCCCUUCGUCGUCCAAGAGCAUUAGCAAGCAGCCACCGCAGCUACCCCCUUCGUCGUCCAAGGCACCGCAGCCACCGCUGCGCUUGGCGGCGGUGGCGCCGGCGUCCGUCGCCGCGGCGGUGGCGGCGAUGCUCGCGCUGCCGCCGGACGAGGCGCUGGCGGUGGGCGGCGAGUUCGGGAUCCUGGAGGGGCGGAGCUUCGCGCUGCUGCACCCUCUCGUCAUGGGCGGGCUCUUCGCGUACACGCUCUGGGCGGGGUACCUCGGCUGGCAGUGGCGCCGGGUGCGCACUAUCCAGGACGAGGUCAACGGGCUCAAGAAGCAGCUCAAGCCCGCCGCCACGGCCACUCCAGCCGCGGUCGGCGCCGGCGCGGACUCCUCUCCGCCUCCCGCUGCCAAAUCGCCGGUGGAGAUCAAGAUCGAGGAGCUCACGGAGGAGCGGAAGGCGCUGAUCAAGGGGUCGUUCCGGGACCGGCAUUUCAACGCGGGGUCCAUCCUGCUGGGCCUCGGCGUGCUCGAGUCCGUCGGCGGCGCGCUCAACACCUGGUUCCGCACCGGCAAGCUGUUCCCGGGCCCGCACCUCUUCGCGGGCGCCGCCAUCACCGUCCUGUGGGCGGCCGCCGCCGCGCUCGUCCCGGCGAUGCAGAAGGGGGACGAGACGGCACGCAGCCUCCACAUCGCGCUCAACGCCGUCAACGUCCUACUCUUCGUCUGGCAGAUCCCCACCGGGCUCGAGAUCGUCGGCAAGGUCUUCGAGUUCACCACCUGGCCAUGA